UAUACACAAGGAACCAAACGCGGUAGCAACCGUUUCUUCAAAACGAUAGUUCCUUCGAAAGCGCGCGCUCAGUUUCCAGUGGACUACCGAACCGAUAAGACAGACAACCCGGUAUACAGAAGACACCGCCGCGUAAGAUUAUCUUUCUGCUACGACAAUAACCAAGUUCAUCGCUUUACCGAUAUCGGGUUGGGUGCUCUUAUCAGUUCAAUUACGUUUAUCAAUGUAUAUAUUGGUGUAGGCUUCGACGGGUGGUACCACGCGAAACCAAUCUUUGCGCACAGAUAUCGGAGAUUCAAUCGCAGCUACGUGAGAUGUUAUGGUAGAGAUUUUCGGCAAGAAGUGGUUUCAAACGGCCGCAACACGUCAUCCAGCCGGUGCUAAUUUAGUUGGUUCAGCUCUUUCGAAGAAACGGCAUUCGAUUUCGCCGAUCUUGCAAAAAACGGAUACUUGCGGAUUAUGGUUUCGUCACAGUGAACGGUGAUUAAUUUUGCGUCGCAUCGCCGUUGUGCGAAAAGUAUUUAAGCAGUUGAGAGCACACGCUCACUUGGAUAGUAUUUAUUGAUUGGCGGUGGAAAGAAUGUAGUUUUGUUGUACAGAGUAUCCCGAGGGAACAGUCCGCAGAAGGUUCAAAUGUUGGCAGUGAAGUGUGUCGUAUGAGUAAUACAUUAUUCCGUUGGAUUGCCAAAACAUCGACUCGCUAAUCUCCAGAAGAAAACCGGUAUUCUUUAUCAAAACCUCCGACGAAGUUGAAGCUGCGUAGAACAUUGUGUUGUGGAUUUAUCUACUAUCAGAAGUGUGACCACGACGAUAGAGCUCGUAAUGUGCUAAGUGAUUGAAUCAAUUGUUGUGUGUAAGCAAUUGGCAGGUGCCAAGUUUUAAAUCGCGUCAUUUCGGUUCAUGUGCCUCAGUUUUUAAAUCCCCCCUACAAACCUUGUAGUCAUUGUAUCGAGGGUAGGCCCUGUGAAGUAUUGAAGUGUGAUUCUUUCUCCGGGAAGCGCAGAAAACAACAACGAUGAAGGUCAACCUGCGAGUUGUGCUGUCUGUUCUAGUCUUUGUUGCUACAAAAUCCGAAUUUGCCAACUGCACUCCGGUAGACCUUGCCGAAAAGACCAACAAAGGCUCCUCUACCGAGCUGGUGAAAGGCGCAGAGUCAGCCCAAAUCCCGAAGGAACCACCGUUAAUUUUCCCCAAGGACAGCAGCGUGUAUAAAAUCGUGGAAAAUGAUACCGCCCUCAAAAUUCUUCAGGCUCGUGCCGCAGCUGAGAAAAGCGAUCCUGCGGACGCCGAAAGCAACACCGAUGAUAAGGGUCAAAACGUGCAGCGCCAACCGCUGGCAAAGGCUGGAGGCACGAUCACCAGUGAUGAGUCAAUCGCGUCGAACGCCGCCAACCAGACCCUAUCGUCGCCGGUCGACAACCGGAAGGUGGAAGACGAUGACGACGACUACAACAAUGAAGAUGACGACGAUGUAGACGACAGUGAAAGUCAGGAGGACGAUACCGACUAUGCUGCCGAGGAAAUACAGCCGGAGGACCCGAAGCGAGAGGACGGACUGGAGGAACAGUUCGGGGACAAAAUCGUCCACUAUCCGCUGAUAUUCGACAAUACAACGAUUGAGGUGUCGUCCAUGCGACAGGAGCACAUAUGGAUCAUCAUGCUGGGGGCAGUUUUUGUGCUGGCACUGACUGCCUACAUUGCCAUGGUGCUCUACAGGAAUCGAAAUCGAUACGGAAUGCGACAGCGCCUGGUCACCGAAGACGAUUACUAUCCAAACAACGAGAUUUAAAACUCAAUCCAUGAUGAUUCUCUAAUCCAAUGCAGAAGAACAAAAGGAGAGAAUAUGCACUAUACAGCGAAAUUUCUACUAAGAUGUGAUCAACAGAGAAAAUAAAGAACAACGCCCAACAAACUGUAGCUCUAUAGACAAUAUGAACAAGAAUAGCACUAACCAAUAGAUAUCAAACCUUGACAAAAACACAGAAUAGCUGAAAACAAGUGCCAUUCCGUUCCGAUAGAGGUCAACAACAGAGAAACGAAAAUCAAGUCGCUUUCGUAUAUUGUUUUCCAAAAGCAUCGAUGCCAUUUUAUGAUUGACGAAGAAACUUGACUAUUAAUAUUAACGAACUUCAAAUGAUCCCUCAGUGGAGAUUGCCAUAAAGUUUCAAUUAGUAAAAAGACAAGACAAGCCAUCAAAGCGUAGAUAAUAAUAAAAACAAACGUUAGCAUAAAAGUUGUAAUAAUGACUGUGAUAUUAAGUGAUUGUGUAACAA